AUUGCGUAUUGCAUUUUUGGGGUUGAUUGUUGUUAUUAUAGUGUUUUGGAGUAAAAGUGUACUGUGAUAGUGUUAAACUUAGCUCUUUGGCAAUAGUGUUUUACAAUAAAUUUAAUAAAACGCAAAACAUCAUGCAGGACGAUUUAGAAGUCACUGGUAUUUCGCGUAGCGGUAGAGUUAGGAAGAAGAGCUCUAAGCUUAUGGAUUUUGAGUCUCCUGAUGACAUAGAAACAAGAUUUCGUAGACAAACACCCGUUAAAGCUAUAUCGGGUUUUCGCCAGGAGGAAACUCCCGAUUUCUCAAUACAGGAAGCCUCGAAGCCUGUAGAAGAAGCUGGCACGGCUUCUGGAAGCGAAUCUGAUUACUAUGAAAAUAAUGGAGAUAAUCAAGACAGCAUUGAGUCUGAUAGUUCAGCAUCAGAUGAGGGAUCAACCCGGACUCCUGCGCAUUCCCUUUACAUGAUGGAGAAAAGUACAAAGAAAAAAUUAAUUGUAAAAGAUGGCCGUGUCAUUGGUAGAGCUAAAGCUCAAAGGAAAGAUAAAGGAAAGACCCGCGUCACAGCUUACAUGUUGUGGGCUAAAGAGGCACGCAACGAAAUAUUGCGCAAACACCCUGAUAUGGACUUCUCUGCUAUAUCAAAACGGCUGGGUGAGAUGUGGGCAAAUGUAAAUUAUAUGGAACGUUACUCUUGGAAGCGUAAAGCAAAGAGGUUCGCAAUGCGUAAUCAACAGCAAACCAACAAGAUAAUAUCAAACCCGAGUAUUCGCCCCCCAAACCCGGGACCGGGGAGACCGCCCGGGAAUCGCGUCGCCGCAAAACAAGCCGCCUCUCCCCCGCAACAGGCGCUAGUACCUGUGGGUUCCGGCGGGGCGGGCGUCUAUCGCGUGACCGGAUGCGGCGCCGUCGACAUCGCGGCUCACUUGAGACUGCUGGGGGAAAGCCUCGCCAUCAUCGGGGAGAGACUCAAGGAGCACGAGGGUCAGAUAGCCGUGUCCGGCUCCGUGUCCGUGCUACUGGACACGUUGCUGUGCGCGCUCGGGCCACUACUGGGCGUGGCCCACGCGCUGCCCGCUAUUGGCCCGCCGCCGCUGCUGCUCAGGGAGACGUUGCACAACGUCGCGUACAUAAUGCCCGGACUAUAGGACCAAUGUAGCCGGUCACACACUGAAUACAUAUCGUACGAAUCAACAUUACACCGACGGGCUAAUUCUGCUAAUGUUUACGUUAUAAACGCAUCUCAAUAGUAUCUAGGCUGCUUGUAUUUUGUUAUUGUACUAUCUACUUGCCUUGCGAUUCUGUAAAAAAUCCAAACCAGAACUCGAAUUCACUCCGAAUUCACUUCAACAAGUGACGUCCGCUUAAAUCUUUAAGUAAUAACGUUGCCUGGCAUAACUGAAGUGAGUUUCGUAUAUUCAAUCAAUUCUGUUUUGUAUUAUUAUACAAAAAAUAGAAUCAAUAGAAUUUCUACAUUAAAUGACGUGAAUUCGGAUAUACGACGGAAUUCGAAUUGGUCAGGAUUUUUACAGGAUCGCAAGGCGCUCAAUCUUGAAUAGUUAAUAACAUAUGUGAACUGAGUUUCGAAAUGACAUAGGAAUAGAAUAUCUAAGACACAUAUAAUCAAUCAAUUUGUUUUGUAUUUUUAUACAG